AGGCAGAGGGUGUCAGCUGCUGCAUAUAAUGGCCGGUCCAUCCCUGUUUGGGUCACUUUCUCCUUCUCCUUCAUUUCUGCUGGUCCAGCUCUCCGUGCAAAACUAAAGGAGUCAUCAUGUCUGAUCUGCAAAAGGGAAUGGCAUUGCUCAUCUCUACCUUUCAUAAAUAUUCUGGCAAGGAGGGUGACAAAUGUACUCUUACCAAGGGAGAGCUAAAAGAUCUGCUCACCAAGGAGCUGGGAGGUGCAUUCGGGAACUGCAACGACCAGGCCACACUGGACAAGAUUUUUAAGGACCUGGACACUAAUGCUGAUGGUGUUGUGGACUUCCAAGAGUAUGCCACCAUGGUGGCCUGUACUACCAUGCUCUGUAAUAAGUCAUUUUCAAAGAAGUAAUAAAUGGGGACUGACCCUUAACAGCCACAAUAGUGCAUAAACACAUACCAAUUAUAUUUUUUCAUGCACAGAAAGAAAUGUUUGGCAUCUUACAAUGAUAAAUGAAUGAGGCAAAUUAAAGUUUGUAAUAAACUAUUUUAAUAAGUUUUAAAUAAAACAGGCUGUGUUGAUUAAAUGUG